AGCAACACCGGCGACCAUCACACCUUCUUCGUCAUGGGCGCCUCGGGCGAUCUGGCCAAGAAGAAGAUCUACCCGACGUUGUGGACCAUCUUCCGCGAUGACCUCAUUCCCCGGAAGACCGUCUUCGUUGGCUACGCCCGGUCGGCGCUCUCCGUGGCGGACCUCUUCGCCGGCAUCACGCCCUACAUUCGCCUCGAUUCGGAGGAUGAGCGGCAGCUCUUUGAGGACUUCCAGCGGCAGAAUGUCUACGUGCAGGGCUCGUACGACCAGGCGGCAGACUUUGCCCGACUGGCCGCCACGGUGGCCGAUCUGGAGGGAGGAAGUGGAAGUGGAAGUGGUGGUGAAGGUCGAGCCAAUCGACUCUUCUAUCUGGCCUUGCCGCCGACGGUCUUCGCACCGGUCACCAAGCUGAUCAAGGAGCAGGUGAUGACUGAUCGCGGCUGGAAUCGGGUCAUCAUUGAGAAGCCCUUUGGACGCGACGCCGCCAGCAGCGCCGCCCUGUCCGCCCAUCUGUCGGGUCUGUUUCGCGAGGAGGAGAUGUACCGCAUUGACCACUACCUGGGCAAGGAGAUGGUGCAGAACUUGAUGAUUCUCCGUUUUGGAAAUCGCAUCUUCGGGCCAAUUUGGAACCGCGAGAAUGUCGCCUGCGUCCAGGUGACCUUCAAGGAGCCCUUUGGAACGCAGGGCCGCGGCGGGUACUUUGACACCUUUGGCAUUAUACGCGAUGUGAUGCAGAACCACCUGCUGCAGAUACUGUCGCUGGUGGCGAUGGAGAAGCCGGUGACGCCCAAUGCGGAGGACAUUCGAGAUGAGAAGGUCAAAGUGCUGAAGUGCAUGAAGGAGCUAAAGUUGGAGGACGUCGUCCUGGGCCAGUACAUCGGCAAUCCAAAGGGCAAAACCGAGGACAGCCAGCUGGGCUACACUGACGAUCCGACGGUGCCCGCCGGCUCGGUGACGCCCACCUUUGCGCUGGCCAAGUGCUCCAUCAGCAAUGAACGCUGGGACGGGGUGCCCUUCUUUUUGCGCUGUGGCAAAGCCCUGAACGAGCGCAAGGCGGAAAUUCGCAUCCAGUUUCGCGACGUGGCCGGCGACAUCUUCGCCGGACAGUGCCAGCGAAAUGAGCUGGUAAUUCGCGUUCAGCCCGGUGAGGCGGUGUACGUCAAGUUCAUGACCAAGGAGCCGGGCAUGACCUUCCGACUGGAGGAGACCGAACUUGAUCUGACCUACACUAACCGCUACAAGGAGGCAAUCCUGCCGGACGCCUACGAGCGCCUGAUCAUGGACGUCUUCAGCGGCUCGCAGAUGCACUUUGUGCGCACUGAUGAGCUGCGCGAGGCGUGGCGCGUCUUCACGCCCCUCCUGCAUGAGAUCGAGGAGAAGAAGGUGGUGCCGCUGCCGUACUACUACGGCAGUCGAGGACCGCGCCAGGCGGACGACUUCUGCGUCGCCAAUGGCUACAAGUUCACCGGGACGUACCAGUGGAAGAAGCCGACCACUGCUGCUGGGGCGGGGGGCAAUUCAAA